GUUUUUCUCUUUUAAAUCAAAAUUAUAUAAUAACACAAGAUAUAGCAAAAAAAAAAAAAAAGAAAAAAAAUGCAGUCUUUAAUUAUAGCUAGUGUGUUGGUUUUAAUGUUAUCCGUGGAGCAGGGUACUGCUAUCAAAUGUUAUGUGUGCAAUAGUCAUAAGGAUGCCAAUUGCGCUUUAGAGAUCCCUCCAGAUAAUUUAUUAAAAGACUGUCAGGAGGAUUAUCCAACCCGAGGUAAAGGUAUACCAACGUAUUGCCGCAAGAUUACACAGAUUAUCGAAUUUUCAGUCAAUAAUUUGCCGCCCGAUAGUCGUGUUAUUCGGACAUGCGGUUUUCAAAAUCAGACAUCCACCAAUUAUUGCUACCAACGAGCUGGUUUCGGUGGCCGUCAAGUAGUGUGCUCCUGUGAUACCGAUAAUUGUAACGCUGUCGCUGGCCUACAAUCCACUACGAUGGUUGUUGUAGUUACUUCAUUAUUCGUCGGUUUGGCUUCAAUAUUAAAGCAGUUGGUCUAAAAGCAUUGAAAAUGUUAUUAAAAAAAACAAAAACUUUUUAUUUUGGUUUUCUCCAUGAAAUGUUUUUACGCUUUCUAUUUUCAAUUUUUCGUUUACUCAAUCCUCUUAAUUAGUUAAUUGUUUUACAUAUUAUUAUGCAUAAAAAUAAUCAUUUUAACGAAAGCACCCACGCAUAUGUACGACGUAGACAACAUUUCUAGAUAUAAUUUAAAGUAUUUUUCGCAUUGCAUCGCAUAACUAUUUGUAAAAUGGCGAAGGAUAUGUUGAAUUAUAGGUAAAAAUAAAAAUUUCAAUAAGGAAUAAAAUUUAAUAAGACGUGGAUAUGUACUGUUUUUAUUUUCAUAGGAUAUUCUCACAGAACGAUGCGGGGCGCAACUGCAUCGGCAAUAUGGAACAAUUGUACACUUUGGUGGCUUAAUUGGAAGACCGGAUUUAUUAUUCAUAUAUUUCGACCCGAUAGAUGGUUUAUGCCUCAUCAAUGCCGAUUUCCUUUUAACGAUAAGCAAAUAAAACCAGAAAAAGAAAACGUGUGAAAGUAGCUGAACACAAAAAAUGUGUUAGAUAUUAUUUAAAAAUAAUUGGAAAAGUUCUAUUCCUCUUGCGGACGAAUCUUUGAUACUUCCCAUCUCAAAGCAAUGUAUAAAAGAAGAAGCCUUUGCGUGCCUGUUGAUCGAUCGACCCUGGUUUCCGUUUAUGGCUCUCGACAGGCUACACCUAUCGAUUAAAUAUGCAUUUUUCUUACAAUCAGAUGGAAAAUCUUUCGCUCGGAAAAUUGCUGUCGAGUAACGUCUUCAAGUUACGAUCGAGUUUACUCGUUAUACAGAACCACGACCCAUGUUUAUAAUCCUUGCAAAACGAACCAAGCUUUAGAUCGCUUAUGUGCUCAGAAUUCUGCACAGCUACAGCUACAGCUUCUUCUUCACCGACUAUUGUUGUGUCAAUCAUUUACCCUAAAUUUCACAUUAACAACGGGGCUGUAAGUUCCACGUUACCGCUUAAGCCAAUUAAAAGAAUAUUUCGUAUGCAUUGCAUAGAUAUAAGUCUGGCCUGCAGCAGUCAUUGUUUCCGUCUCUGAAGAUUCCAAAAUCGAACAAACAACUAAAUCAUUUUAGGAUCUACUACGUAUUACUAAGCAUAGGUUGGAAUGGGUAUUUUUUGAUGUUACAAAGAAACGCCCAUUUUAGUGAUCUAUCUUCCAAUAAGAAGUAUAAAGGUGAAGAAAAAUUUUAACAAGUUUUAGCAUAUACUCUGCAGUUUUUAAUAAAUAUUUUUAAAAUAGCUUUAUUUGAA